GUUGUUGCACCCGUGCGUGAGACAGCUGCUCAGGUUCUUGGCGUCCUGGCAAGUCAUCUGAACAUGGAACAAGUGAAGGAGGUUGUUCGUCACCUUCUCGGUAUGAUGUCGAUGCACGCGGCUGACGGAAGUGCCUGCUUCUUCUCCAAGACCAGCUGGAUGGCCGUCCACAGUGGCCUCUUGGGUCUCAAAUACCUCUUGGCUUCGCGCCCGUGA